CUCUUACAGAAGGAGCCACUGUCAGUUCUGCUCCAGCGGAAGGAAACAAGGUUUUCCAAUGGACUCUCUAGCAAAAUCAAUCAACCAAUUUACCCUGGAUUUUAGCAAAAAGCUAGCUGAAUCUGCUGAGGGCAAAAAUAUUUUCUUUUCUCCAUGGGGCAUCUCCACCUCCUUGGCCAUGGUGUAUUUCGGUACCAAGGGUAGUACUGCAGCCCAGAUAGCCCAGGUGCUUCAUUUCAGAGACCAGGACAUCAAAUCUUAUCCUGAAAGUGAAAAGAAAAGAAAGACGGAAUCAGGUUGGGGCAAGGUUGAAGAAAUGCACUCUCAUUUCCAGACACUCAUCUCAGAAAUCAACAAUCCCAGCAAUGCUUAUGCACUUAAAACAGCGAAUAGAAUAUAUGGAGAGAAAACGUAUCCAUUUCACACUAAAUAUUCAGAGGACGUGAAAACAUACUUUGGUGCAGAACCACAAUCUGUUAACUUUGUGGGAGCUUCUGGACAAAUCCGAAAGGAGAUCAACUCUUGGGUUGAAAGCCAGACUGAGGGAAAAAUUGUGAAUCUCCUACCUGAUGAUGCUGUGGAUUCCACAACUAGAAUGGUUCUGGUGAAUGCCCUUUACUUUAAAGGAAUCUGGGAACAUCAGUUCUUAGUCCAAAAUACCACAGAAAAGCCUUUCAGGAUAAACAAGAGUAUCAGCAAACCAGUGCAAAUGAUGUCCGUGAAAACAAAACUCAACGUUUUCUGCAUUCCAAAGCCACAGGCCAUGGGCCUCCAACUCUACUAUAACAGCCGUGACCUCAGCCUGCUCAUCUUGCUUCCAGAAGAUAUCGAAGGACUGGAUCAGCUGGAAAAGGCCCUGACCUAUGAGGAGCUGAGCCAGUGGACCAGUGAAGACAUGAUGGAGUUGUGUGAGGUGCAGCUGUACCUUCCCAAGUUUAUGCUUGAAGAGACGCAUGAUCUCAAGUCGACCCUGAGCAGCAUGGGGAUGAGCGACGCCUUUAACGAGGCCAUAGCUGAUUUCUCAGGAAUGUCUAUGGGGAGAAACUUAUUUCUGUCCAAUGUUUUCCACAAGGCUUUUGUAGAAAUAAAUGAACAAGGUACCGAGGCUUCAGCCGGUACUGGGAGUGAGGUGAGUUUUCGAAGUAAACUCCCCUCCAUUGAAUUUAAUGCAAACCACCCAUUCCUCUUCUUCAUCAGGCACAACAGAACCGAUAGCAUUCUCUUUUACGGGAGAUUCUGCUCCCCCUAAACCAUAUAUCUCUCUCAUCAAAUAAGACCGUUUUACAGUGUGAAAAGCACACCAAAAGAUGGAAAAACACAAUUAUAAUAAAAACCAGUUUAGAGCUUGUAUCUUUUUCACAUUCGAAUGUUCGCUGAUAAGCCUUGAAAUAAUGCAAUCUAGUGAUUUUAUCGUACCUAUAGAGCUAUUUUUGCCACUUAACAUUUUGUCUUAAUGUGACUUUUAUUUACAUUUCAGACGUACUAUGUUAUUCAAUUGAGUGCCUUAGCAUUUUUGAACCCCGUGGUCACUGUAUUAUCAUUGUCACGUAUAAGUCACGUGCCUCAUUGAGCGAAGAAAAAUCUUUACAAAGGUGAUAUAUGGAUAAGCAAGAAUUUUCUCAGGAGUGGAAUUUUGAUAGUUCACAAACUACCACUAUAAAAUGAAGCUCCCACACUUUCUGAGUAGUAAAAAAGUACUUCUGUUAACAUUAGUAGAAAAGCCAUGAAAUCCAAACGAAAUAUGGAGUUUAGUUCAUAACAAUGAUCCAGUGUUGCCUUUUUAGUUUGAACAAAUGUAUAAUGAUAAUGUUAGAUGUUAGCACUGCGGAAAAUGUGUUAGGCGUAUACACAAUUCCCUGGAUUAUCUUUGCCACUUUUCUGCGACUGUAAAAGUAUUCAAAAAUAAACAUUUCACUACGAAUAA